UUCUCAACGAAGUGUUUAUCUUUGCUCAUCGUCUCUGAUCAAGAGCCUAGCCGACGAAGACCGCUGCUAUACAAUGCUUCGACACUUCUCCAUCCCGUGCGGAAGGGAUUUUCGCCUUUGCCUCAACAUAGCAGAGCCAGCUUUACGGGCACAAGGCUUAAGUCUCCAGACCUGGGCCUCGUCCUUUGUGCUCGCGAGCCUGCUCCAUAAACUGUCGAUCGAUCUUUCUUCCCCUGCUCCCAUACCAGUCCUGGAGCUCGGUGCGGGUACCGGUCUUGUCGGUUUAACUGCAGCGGCACUCUGGAAAUCUCCAGUGAUCCUUACCGACCUGCCACCGAUUGUUCCUGGGCUGGCUAGUAAUAUCAAACUCAAUGCAGCCACCGUGAAGACUCUGGUUGAGUGUGGUUCGUUGGACUGGAGUAACCCGGAGACUCUUGCCGUCCAAGGUGGUACACUAUAUCACGCGGAAAGGGAUAAAGCCCGCGUUAUCCUCGCCGCAGACACUGUAUACUCAGAGGAGCAUCCCGAGUUGCUCUCCAAAGCGAUACUCCGAUGGCUUGCUCCAGGACCCUCAUCUCGUGUCAUUUUGACAUACCCUAUGCGUGUGGCUUACCUGGACCAAAUUCGGGAGUUGUGGCAGUUUCUGGAAAAGGGUGGUCUCGAAGCUGUUCGUGAAGGUCGUGAGCAAGCUGAACUCGACAUCUGGGACGAUGAACGUCUCUGCGAGUGGAGUGUAUGGAGAUGGCAGCAGAACUCCACUCAUGAUCAGGGCCACACCAAGACGUGAAGAACGAACAAGACUUGUCAAGACUGCCUAAUCAUCGCCCCUGCCAUCACACUCUUGACAACGGAGCUACGCACACAAUACUUGGAUACCCUUCCUUUCGCAGCAUAAUUCCAUACUAAUAUAGACAUACAAUAGACGGGCUUCUUCACACAAAAUUUUGCAUAUCCAAUGGAUCUCUAAGCAAAAUUGCACCGGGUGCUUGCCGAUCUGGA